GAUUCAUUAAUGCUUUGUCAAGAACUUCAAGCAAAGGAUGGAAUCGAUUUUAUGGAUGAGAGUAUGGAUUUAACACCGUACCUAAAAGAUCUUCAAGAUGUUGAUGCAAACGAUUUGGGUGAAGAAUUUCUUGAAAAGCAAAAACUCAUCGAAAAUGAUAUCAUUUAUCAAGGGCCGUUCUCCAAUGCGCAUUACACUGAUUUGGAUUUGAGAGAAUCGGAUAUGUUCAAUGAGGAUAAAUUGGUGGGGCUACCGUCAUCACAGUCGACUGCAUAUGAUAUUACAAGUGAUGUGCAGUUGUCAGGACGUAAAAUCGGUUUGAAAUCAGAAAUACCGUGGGAGGAUAAUGAGAAAAUGAGUAAGAAGGAGUGUUCGAAUGAUAUC